GCCACAACCAUCUGCACUCUUGUAUUGACAAUGCUCAUUCAUAAACCAGCGAGCGCAUUCAGUCCAGAGCAACUCGGCAAGCUCUAUAUUGGCCUCUUCAAUAAAUCGCCCGAGCCACACGCUGACUUACAGUCUGCCGCUGACUUUAACACUUUUUGCGAGCGGCAUGGUGUUGUCCUCUCCCGCAGCCAUGCCUUUCUGGUACCAGAGCACCCCGACUCACCUAUGUGCCUUGCACUAAUUGCUGGAGAGGGCAUGGAACGUAGAAUAGUCACGUUUGGGCUACCACCGUGCUGGCGAGGAAAGGGGUAUGCGGAAGAGGCACUUGGUGUGGUGUUGGACGAGCUGCACAGGGAUGGCGCAGCCAGCGUGCAAGUUGAGGUUCAACGGGAGAAUAUUGCCGUCUUGAGAAGAUUUCACAAGGCGGGAUUCAAAAACGAGGUGCUGGAAAAUGGGAAUGAUAAGACCGUGUUGCUACGGUUGAUGUUUUGAUGCAGGGGACGAUAAACAACAAGUUUCAUAAUCACAUCCGUGGAUGCCGACAUACCGGCGUACGCUACAAAGUGUAGAUGUGGUGUAAGAAGGAAUUGAUAAAUCAGAUGCCAAAUUGUAAAAAAGGAUGUGUUUUUAUUUAAUAUUAGCUAAGAACCGCCUCGGCUUGCACGGUUUUUUUCGGAUCGUCAUGUUGCGGCUGAAUUACCCCAGUCGCCCUUUUCUCCGCUCAAACUCAACAUCUACAUCUAUCCGUACAGCGCCGGACCUGUACGGGAUGCAAGUGUAUGCAGCACAUGGAACCCUAUAAAUACGAACCGUUGCCUAGUGUCUCGCACAUCCGCUUGCUUGAAUGGUGCCCGCCGGCUGAAGAUGGUACUCUUCGUUUCAGAUUAAUCACGCAGGAUCUCAACGACACGGAUGCACCACCCUAUCUCUGUCUGUCAUAUACCUGGGGGAAUCCGCUUGCUCAUGGAAACGGGUUCCAGGAUGAAUUCGCAGCUGCUGAGCCCUACUACGGCGAAUCUAACAAGGCCUCGGUCCACGUCAAUGGCAAGACCCUCGCGAUCCAGAGAAAUCUGCUCGAGGCGCUGGAGGCUGCGAUACGGCAUUCACAUAAAGAAUAUGUGUCACGGCCGCUAGAUGGCACCAAGGGCCGGCGGUAUAUACAUAUAGCAGCUGGACGAGGUCGACACGAGAAUAUUAGACUGUGGCUAAAGCAAUGCGCCGAUAUCAACAUUGCAGAUGACGAAGGAUAUACAGCCCUGCACUAUGCCGCCGGCAAUAAUCAAUUAGAGUGUGUCAAGGUUUUGAUAGAAAACGGCUGCAGCUUGGAUGAUGUCAACUUCCAAGGACAGACAGCACUGGAUAUCGCCAAGGCAGAUGGCCAUGAUGCCGUGGUGGCGCUGCUAGAAAACCACAACACCGUUCCUCGAGUCCCAACGGAACAGUUGGAUAUUGUACCACGCAUCUGGGCAGAUGCUAUAUGUAUUAACCAGGAAGACAAGGCCGAAAAAGGCACCCAAGUUACAGUCAUGGAUCGCAUCUACUCUUCAGCUUUAUAUGUCGUCGCGUGGCUAGGGCCACAGGACUCGUACUCCAACGCCGGGUUGAACACACUGCGCACACUUUCCAAGCACGCAAAGCAAUUCCAAGAUAGCGCCAUUGAGCCCUUUAGCAGCAAAAACAAGGAAAGCUACACAGAUGCUGGGAUACCAGUCCUCAGUGCCGAAGACUGGAAAGCCCUUGUGGGCGUGUUUCAGCGACAGUGGUUUCGAAGAGCAUGGAUUGUACAAGAGGCAGUGCUCAACGAAGCUUUCCUCGUGUAUCUUGGCAAUCAGUGCAUCGAGUGGCGGCAGCUCGGCCAGGUCGCCGAAGCGAUUCGAUAUCAAGAAGCGAAAAUGGGCACCAAGGGUUCAUCGCAGUUUGUCCCCUCUGGAGAUGUUGACGUGUCAGUCAUGUGGAAUAUGGCAGAGGUGGCAAAGUGGCGACGAAGUAGGGCUGCAAUGCAUGAUGGCGGCGAAAGAGAAAGGCAGGGUCGCGAAAUCUUCACUAUGCGACACGUGGUGUACAACUUUUGGACCUUCUUGGCAACAGAUCCUCGCGACAAAGUCUUUGCACACUAUGGCUUGUUGAAUUCGUUUUCGCCUGACAGAAGAGUCACGGAUUACGGUUUAACAAUCCCGCAAGUAUUUACAAAAGCCACGAGAGAGCUGAUUGAAAGCGAAGGUAGCUUGCGCACAUUGGCCUGCUGCGUCUACGUAAACAAGAGGCGCAAAGACCUGCCGUCGUGGGUACCGGAUUAUAGCUUACCAGGAUUUAAUGCAGUCCCUGACAAAUACAAGGCUGACAAAGGAUUGCAAUACCGUUCACCUCCUCCAGCAAAAGAUCUGGCAGACCUAGCUCUCCGCGUGCAAGGCGUCUUCAUAGGCCGAAUCUCUCAAGUUGGCGGCCGUACAGGCACCAAUGACGCUGAGAAGCUCAUGUUUGAUCAAUCAUGGCUAACCUUGCCUCUUUCUUUGUCUGGCAAAGGCGGAUAUGGCGACAAAAUGUACAUUUCGUCCAUCUUGUGGACUACCCUCUGCAUGGGCAUGUCGUCCGGUGGCCUCUUUCAUUCUGAAAAGUACGGCGAUGAAGCACCUGAUGAACAGGGCGUCCAGUUUCGCUAUUUUCUCAUCUUUCUGAUCUUGGCAGAAGCAGACAGCAUGAUCCGCGUCAAGCUGGGUCUCGAGCCACGCACCACAAAGCAUGAUAUCAACUUCAGCCAUCUCGACUAUGACCCCAUGGCCGAGGAUAUGGAACCAAUUCUUGCCCAACUCGAUGCCUUUGCGGAACAUGAUGGCGCUGAAGCCUGUUGGACACCGUCUCGGGCUGAGGUUCUCAAAUUCUGGAACGACUUUCGAUGCGGCUUGAUGCGAUGCACAGAGGUCGACUCGGACUCUGGCCCAACAGAUUUCUAUCUUCCUGCAGGCGUGACCAUGGAUAAUUCGCGGCCAUUUGGGAACGGAUACGCUCUGCCAACUUCAAGGCUACUUCGUCGCUGCCAGGGCUUCAUGUCUGCCUAUCAAUCCAUGUACGGUGGGCGACAGUUAAUGACAAUCAACGACGACCGCUACUUGGGCCUCGGUUCUCUAGCUGCCCGCCCGGAGGAUCAGGUCUGGAUCCUACCGGGACUAAACGCUCCGGUGAUUCUGAGACCCAGCGGACCAGGAGCAUCAUUUCAGUUUCUGGGUGCGUGCUACUUGCACGGCAUGAUGGACGGCGACAUGGAGAUCAAGAGCGCAGCCGAAGACAUUAUUCUUGUGUAGGCGACGCUGAUGACAUCGGCAGAUGCAAGUAGCUGUUUGAGUAUAUGGCUAAACAAGCGUCAAGAGAGGAAGAUCGGGGUGCCGCGGAAUGCAAAGAAUGAGAUUUGAUCUAUUUUGAGAAUUCCAGUCGCGAUGAUCGCGGUUGAGAUUCGGUGAUGAUCUGGGGCCCACACUCAAGUCCGGAUAUUUUACCCUCGGCCAAGGAACAUGGUACCAGAAGAAGAAUGUGCCUGUUUUGGAAUUGGAGCCUUUUCUUGCCAGGGUCCUUUCGGGAUGUCGAGUUCCGUCGCUUGCACUGUUUCGGUUGAUGUGAUAGGGCUUCGUAGCGGUUGCUUGAAUACAACCCGGUGUGGACAGGGAGCCGGAAAGACUCAUAGACAUCAGAAACGAAAUGCGACAAACAAAGCAGAAGAAAAUAAAAAGAGGCGGCGAGUCAAAAGUAACUGUUGAUUUAAACACAAGUAAUUAAAAUAAAAUGGUGAAUCAUGCAAUGACCCUUGAUGUUGCCGCCUGGCUACAAGCUCAGCGCAAGAAGUCCUUAACUCAAUUUACAGUUAGCUCUGAUAGGGGAUGCCGGCGGCGGGCGGGGAGCUAGCGGCGGUACCGAUAGAGUGGUAACUUGGCUGGGUAGCCCUCGCUCUGCAUGAGAAAGCCCAGUCCACGUAGCUUCCAGGGCUGAGAUGCCGCACUCCUCAAAGGGAAAUAGACAACGGCACUUGCAUCGAAGGUAAUCGUAAUGGUGGCAUGCCAUUGGCCGACUUUACGAUUCGGGGGGUAGCGUGGGUAAAUGCAAUGCCCGGACAGAGAAAAUACGGCGCGGUAACAAGGUAGAAGGAGGAAGCAAAUCGCCGUCUAAACUCGAUAUGAGUUGGUACGGGUGGUGGUGGUGGCGUGCCCAGCCAAACAUUGAACGCCUCACGCGAUGCAAAGGGGCCUCAGCUGAGUUCGCCUUACCUUGUUAUCAACUUUGGCCCCAUGUCUGGUCUUUUUGUUUGUCUGUCCACAGGGCGACAAGUAAGCGGCCGGUAUUAAACGAUUUGACAGAGGACGGGCCACAAAAUACGGUCAAGAGCGGAAAUGAGUUGGAAAAGUGGCCGAUGCGCCUUUUUCCUUGUCAUGGAAUACUUCUCGAAGCACUGGGGCAUCUCGGCGACACCAGGCCCCCAGUCGAUGGGGCUGCCUCUCGUUUCUUUGCCUGACAUAAUUCACAUGGGUUCGCUCAGCGCAGCCUCUCCUUCCUGAUUUUGACAGCAAUCGACCUGGGAGUGUUGGGGGCAGGCCACUGCCCAGGCGUCAAAACAAAACAAAAACCCAGUCAUGCACGACCUAUAUUAACCGCAGGCCACGGCACGAGGAGGUGGUGAGCAAGUAGACAAGCAAACAACCGGGCACAACCACUAGAUUUCCUUUUUCCCUUGAAGCUCGUAAUGGCAUUUGCCAGGGAUUCCUUGCGGGCAUCCCGCAUCCCGCGCGCUGUGGCUAACUAGUCGACGCCUCCGGAGACAAGUGACUGCCACAAAGCGGACGCCUCUUGCUGUCCUUGGCCGGUUGGCGGCGUACAACCAUUUUGGCCUUUAUAGCUCAAGCAAUCAACACCCAUCCACCAUCACCUUUUCUUGACUCGCCCUAAACUUGUAUCCCGCAAUCAUGGUCGCUGACCCCGGGACGACGCACGUGGGCUUCACGAUUUAGGUGGGCUAAGUGGGUGGAAACCAAACCCAUC